AUGAAGUAUAAAACCAAAAUUAUUAAAAGAGGAUUUUUGGAUUCGAUUAUUCUUUCUUUUAUAAGAAAAAUCGAAAAAAACAAUAAAAGAAUCAGAAUUAAUUUAUUAAGGAAGCAGAGAUGGAUUGAAUGGUAAUUAAUUUUGGAAUAAAUGUAAUGGUCAAAGUAAUUUACUUAUGAUAUUUAAAUCUUAGAGUGAAUAUAUUUUUGGUGGAUAUUCUCCAUGUAAAUGCUAAUAAAAUAGUGGAGAUAAUUGGGUUUAUGAUGAUACAUAAUCAUCAUUUCUAUUCUCAUAAACACAUAAUGAAAUCUAUUCUUUGAAAAAAGAUUAAAAAAAUAAAGCUAUUUGUUGUAAUUCUGGAUAUGGGCCUACUUAUGGAUAUUUUGAUUUAUAUAUUAGCUUUGGUUUUAAGGAAGGGUAUUCUUAAUUAGGUAAUUCAUAUUAAUGGGAUAAGUUUGAGAAUAAAAAUUCUACACAUUUAUUUGGAUAAAAUGACCCAAAAAUCAUUGAAUGCGAAAUAUUUGAGUUAAAAUUUAUAUGA